AUGUCCGUCAAAUCAGCCAUCAAAAAGGCAGCGGGCACGCUCAACCCGACAAAGCCGUCGUCCAUUGACAUGCCCAAGAGCGCCAACGGCGGUAGCAGAGUCCAACAAGGCGGAAAGACGCCUCUGAAGACCCCUCAGGAUGAGGCUUUCGCUUUCUUCUCAGGCGAAGGCGAUGGAGAGAAGGUGCAGGUUUGGGAGCUGUGGUUGGAAGAGGACGGAGGACCAGGAGAGGGGAAAGAUUACAUCCGCCUGCCACCACCAAUCAAGCCUUACAUCCUGAGGAUCUCCAUCCAGCCCGGAACGGCAUGCUCACUCAAUGGCGUUCUUAAGUCCGACUUUCCGAUGGACGGGGGCAUCUUUGUCCGGGACGACUGGAAGGAGAAGAAGCUCCCCACCGACAUCAGCAAGCCUAUCCACGUUGACCUGCCGAUCUCAAACCCUGGAGCUUUCUGCUACUACAUCGAGCACGACGACGCCUCUGCCAAGUCUGGUCGUGUUGUCGGCCGAAAAGGCUACUUCAACGUAGACCCCGUCAUCCGCCUUCCCGCUCGAACCCCCUUCUUCCCCGCCAACGCCUCUUCUCCCGUCGAGCCCUUGAACGACCUCUCCUCCGGCGCCGUCCUCCCCAAGACCAACUCCCUUACCCUUGAUUCUCUCAUCAUCCUCUCAGUCUUUGGCAAGUGGAUGGGUAAGACCGACGAAUGGGAAGCCCAAUUUGCCGAGGCAAGCCGGAGGGGAUACAACAUGCUCCAUUGGGCGCCGCUCCAGCAGCGAGGGUCCAGUGGAUCACCAUACAGUAUUCGCGAUCAGCUCAAGUAUGACCCUACUCUGCUGCUCAAGGCCGAUGCCGCGGACAAUGGGCUGGGUGAGAUCGAGGCGGUCUUGGAGGUUGCGAGGGAGAAGUACGGGCUGGGUGGAGUGACAGAUGUGGUGCUUAACCACACUGCAUUUGACUCGCCUUGGCUCCAGGAGCACCCCGAAGCUGGUUACUCCCCGGCAAACACGCCUCAUCUCAUGCCCGCGGUCGAGCUCGAGAAUGCUCUGAUCGACUUGUCGUCCAAACUCGCCUCACUCGGUCUUCCUACCGUCCUCAAGUCGCACGCCGACUUGGAACAGCUCAUUCCUCACAUCGACUCGGCGAUCAACAACGUCCGGCUCUGGGAAUACUACGUCUUUGACGUCCAGGCGUCCGUCAAGGCGGUCGCUGGUGCGCUAGAGGCGGGAUCAGCCAAGGAAUGGUCGGGACCUUCGGUCGCCGGCAAGAGCGUCGAUGAGCUCGCCCAGUUGCUCAAGUCCGAGAACUUGCUCGUCAAUUACCGCGCCUACUCUGCUCGGUUCUGCAGCUCGGUCGACCCUAAGCUCGCCGCUGGUCUCAUCAAGGCCAACUCGCCGAAUGAGUCGACCGAGGCGCUGGCGAGCAAAUGGGGCAAGGUGCUCGAUGUCCUCAACGUGGACUUGUACCGGGAGUGCAACGAGGAUGUGGCGGCUGCCAAGGAUGGGAUCCUUGGUCGGAUCAAGUACACCCGGAUCGAGGCGGAUGGGCCAAAGAUGGGCGAGAUCACCAAGGAGAAACCUCUCGUGGAGCUCUACUUCACUCGUCUUCCCAAGAACGAGAAGACGUCCAAGCACGCUGGAGACGCCCUCUUCCUCGCCAACAAUGGGUGGAUGUGGGCUGCCGACCCGCUCUCCAACUUCGCCGAGUACCCCUCCAAGGCCUACCUCCGCCGCGAAGUCAUCGUCUGGGACGACUGCGUCAAGCUGCGGUACGGCUCCGGACCCGAGGCCAGCCCUUACCUCUGGAAGCGGAUGAUCGACUAUGCCGAGCAGCUCGCCGGGACAUUCGACGGUUUCAGGCUGGACAACUGCCACUCUACGCCAAUGCACGUCGGUAAGGCGAUCAUUGAUGCUGGACGCAGGGUCAACCCGGAUCUCUAUGUCAUGGCGGAGCUCUUUACGGGAAGUGAGGGGAUGGACCUGAAGUUUGUACGGGAACUGGGUAUCAACAGUUUGGUUAGGGAGGCGUACAACGGACAUGAUGUCAAGGACUUCGCCAGGCUGCUCUACCGCUUCGGUGUCGGAAAGCCCGUUGGUUCGAUGGAUUCUGCCUGUCUCUCAUCGGCAGAGGAGAUCCCUGGCCCAUACGGCGGCGCGCCCCGCCAGGCCAACGUCACACCCCUGUCCGGCUCGGUCCCCCACGCGGUCUUCUACGACGUCACACACGACAACGAGACUCCUCUGUCCAAGCGGACCGCCGAGGACGCUCUGUCCACUGGGGCCCUUGUCACGUUCACCAAGGCGGCUCUUGGCUCCAACAAGGGCUUUGACGAUCUUUACCCGAAGCUGCUCAAUCUCGUUACCGACAACAGACCGUAUGAGGUUCAGGGGUCGGUCGGGAAGGAGGGCGAUAAGGGAAUUGGGAAGGUCAAGCGGGUGCUGAACCACCUGCAUACCGAGAUGAUGGAGGGCGGUUUCACCGAGGGACAUGUGCACGAGGAGGGAGAGUACAUCAUGAUCCACCGAGUCCACCCCGUCACCCACAAGGGGUACAUGCUGGUCGCUCACACCGCCUUCAAGGGCAUGCAGGGCCGAGGUUGGGUCAAGCCCAUCAAGCUCUCCCGCACUUCCAUCAAGUACAUUCUCGGCACUGGUGUCAGCACCCGCCUCGACGAAUGGAAGGACGACCCCAACAUGCACAAGGGUAUCCCGUCGACACUCACCGAGAUCCCGGCGCCAGAGGUGCGGAAGGGCGAGGACGCGGAUGGGAUGUACAACGAGGUCGUCGUCCCGGAUGUCUUUGGCCCAGGCAGCAUCAUGCUCUUUGAGACGGACAUGGAGAACAUCUCGCCAGACUUGGACGAGAUCUGCACUUCCGACGCGGAUGCCGCGUUCGGAGAGCUGGACUUGGUUGACCUGAACGUCAUCCUCCACCGAGCAGACGGAGAAGAGAAGGACGCUACUGGGGGCCGAGAUGGUGUGUACAGCAUCUCGAACUAUGGUAGUCUUGUCUACUGCGGUCUCGAGGGCUGGAUGCACCCGCUCCGCCAGAUCAUGCGGACCAACGAUCUCGGCCACGCCCUUUGCGCUCACCUCCGCGAAGGUCCCUGGGCACUUGACUAUGUUCUGGAACGCCUGCAAAAGCAAAUCCCGGAUCUGCCCAGACUUUCCAAACCGCACGCCUGGCUCCAACACCGCUUCUCCCUCAUCCGCUCCACUUGUCCCGCCUUCAUGCGCCCCAAGUACUUUGCGCUCAUCAUCUAUACGGCGUACAAGGCUGCCCGGCGCGCGGUCGUCGAGCAGUGCUCGGACUUUGUCUCGUCUGGCCAUUCGCUGGUGCAUGACCUGGCGCUCUGCUCGGUGCAGAUGUACGGCCUGGUUAAGUCGGCGAGUAUCUCGCCGUCAAAGCCUGUUCCGUCGCUUGCUGCGGGUUUGCCGCACUUUACUGCUGGCUGGGCGAGAUGCUGGGGUCGGGAUGUCUUCAUCUCCCUCCGAGGGCUCUUCCUUACCACGGGCAAUUUCAAGGGCGCUCGCGAACAUAUCCUGGCGUUCGGCUCGACGCUCAAGCAUGGUCUCAUUCCGAACUUGCUAGACUCAACUAAGACUCCACGAUACAACUGCCGCGACGGCCCUUGGUGGUUCAUUCAGAACAUCCAAGACUACACCAAGAUGUGCCCGAACGGCCUCUCCAUCCUCGAUGAUAAGGUCAAGCGCCGAUUCCCGGCCGACGAUACUUGGGUGGAAUGGGACCAUGCUCGGGCUUUCGAGUACGAGAGCAGUGUGAUGGAGCUGGUCCAGGAGAUUCUGCAGCGACAUGCCGAGGGUAUCGAGUUCAGGGAGUACAACGCUGGACCCAACCUCGACAUGGACAUGAAGGACGAGGGGUUCAACCAGAAGAUCUGGGUCGACUGGAGCACCGGUCUCAUCCACGGUGGAAACAGGUACAACUGCGGUACCUGGAUGGACAAGAUGGGCUCUUCCGACAAGGCAGGGAACAAGGGUCUUCCGGCCACUCCCAGAGAUGGAUCCCCCAUCGAGAUCACCGGUCUCCUCAAGAGCACCUUGACCUGGCUGGACGGACUUCGCAAGAAGGGCGUCUGGAAGUCAGAAGGUGUCCAAGCCACCGUGGACGGCAAGAAGCGUCUCGUUACCUACAAGGAAUGGGCGGAGCUCAUUCAGGCCUCUUUCGAAAAGUGCUACUAUGUCCCGUCGGACCCGAGCCAGGACAAGGACUUCAACAUCAACUCUGGUAUGGUCAACCGAAGGGGCAUCUACAAGGAUGUUUACGGUACACCCAAGGACAGGGAGUGGAGCGACUACCAGCUGAGGUGCAACUUCACCUUGCCGAUGGUUGUCGCCCCGGAACUGUUCACCCCUUCGCGAGCGAUCGACGCCUUGCGUGUCGCCGAUGCCACGCUCCGCGGUCCGCUCGGUAUGAAGACGCUCGACCCGAGCGACUCUCAGUACCGCCCCGACUACGACAAUUCCAACGAUGGAACCGAUCAGAGUAUCGCCAAGGGCUGGAACUAUCACCAAGGCCCAGAAUGGGGAUUCCCGCUCGGCUGGUUCUUGACCGCCUAUCUCAACUUUGACCGUCUCGCCGGUGAUGGCAAGGAAGACCCCAAGCGGACAUACCACUUCAUCUGCCAGGCGUUGCUCAAGGUGUCGAAGCAUAUCGAUAAUGACCCAUGGAGGGGAAUUCCGGAGCUGACCAAUGCUGGUGGUCGAUACUGCUAUGACUCGUGCAACACCCAGGCGUGGAGCGCUAGUACUAUCCUCGACGUGCUCGAGGAGAUGUACAAGAUUGAGAAGAAGUAG